AUGGAAUAUUCCAAACUGGAAAGGACCCCCAGGGCUCAUCCAGUGCAGCCCUUCAGGAAUGGCCCUGCAGGGAUCAAGGGUGAUGUUUGUGAGCACAUCUCCAUAAUUUAUGCAAUUCCCGAUCUUUUUCUCACAGAGAACCUGGGAGGAACAGGGCAGCAGAGCUCCUGCCCACCACGGGACACUCCAGGGGGAGGACAAUCCCUGGAACACAGGGAGCCAGCACCAGCAGCCCUUGAGGACGCUGCGGAGCCGAGGGAGAGCCCCGGGAGGAGGCAGGAGCCGGCUGAGCCCGAGGGGAAGGAGCCCAGCCCCAGCGGGUCCCCACCGUGGCCAGAAGCCCCCGAGGAAAGCCCAGCCCGGCCCAGCACCCUGGACUUGGGCAGCUCCCUGCAGAGGCUGGAGGAGCUGCAGCCAGCGGGGCAGCGGCAGGGCAGUGACCGGGCAGCGCUCAGGGACAACGGCGGGGAGGCCACCGUGGGCACGGCCACCACCACGGCCACCACCAUGGCCACCACCAUGGCCACCACAGCCAGCAGCACAUCAGAGCUGGGCAAGUGCAUCGAGGAGUUCCGCAGGAUCAGGAUCCCGGCCGCCUUUCCCAACAAAAAGCGGCAGUGGCAGAGCGAGCUGCUGAGGAAGUACCAGCUCUGA